AUGUCAUUAGAACUAUGGCUUUUAUCUCUGAUAUCCAUCAUAACAACCUUAGUCAUAGUAACAUUCAUACUCCUGAUUGUAAUGUACCUUACCACAGAUCCAUAUCCGAACCUAUCCAGAAGCAGUACAGAAGAAUGUUUUUAUGAUCCGGAUAAAUCUGAAUAUAUUAAGUUAAAAUUUGGGCUUACUGAAAGACCAGAAAAAGAAUUAUCGGUAAUAGUUCCAGCUUACAACGAAGUUGAACGCCUUCCCGCAAUGUUGACUGAAACAUUAGGUUACCUUCAUAAACGAAAAAUUGCUCACAAAUAUUGCAAACUCGAGGGCUCAGAUACACUUCGUGUAAUAUCGUUAGAUCGGAAUCGUGGAAAAGGUGCUGCAGUCAGAAUAGGAAUGCUUUCUGCACGUGGUCGUAUACUUCUGUUCGUAGAUGCAGAUGGUGCAACUCAGUUUUCCGAUAUUGAAAAACUGGAGGAAGCUUUAGCAUCAUCUGUAGCUAAUAGAUGGAAUGGUGGCAUGGCGGUGAUAUGUGGUUCUAGAGCACAUUUAGAAGAACAGGCACUCGCUAAACGUCAUCCAUUAAGAAAUCUGCUCAUGUAUGGAUUUAAGCUAUUUGUUUGGCUUGUGUGUGUUCGUGGAGUUCGUGAUACACAAUGUGGAUUUAAAUUGUUUAGUCGACCUGCUGCUCGUUUGUUAUUUCAUAAUUUGCAUGUUGAUCGCUGGGCUUUUGAUGUAGACUUGUUAUAUUUAGCUCGGCAUUUCGAUAUGAAUAUUGUCGAAAUACCUGUGCAUUGGCAGGAAAUUCCAGGUUCGAAACUGGUCCCAAUUUUCUCAUGGAUUCAAAUGGCAAAAGAUUUGCUUAUGAUUCGUUUGCGAUAUUCAUUAGGGGCAUGGAAAAUUGACCCAGUUUACACUUGA